GGGCGGCCGGAGCCCGCGGCGGCCGAGCUGGACGCCGUGCCCAUGGUGGCGCUCAACUACGGCGUGCGGCGCCGCCUGGGGCUCUACCUCAACCCGCGGGCGGCCGCCGCCGCCGACUGGACGGCGCUGGCCGAGGAGCUGGGCUGCGACUACCUGGAGAUCAAGCGGCUGGAGGCGCAGCCCGACCCCACCACGGCGCUGCUGGAGGAAUGGCAGUGCCGCUGCCCCGACGGCGCCACCGUGGGCCGCCUGCUCCAGCUCCUGCGCGCCCUCAACCGCCACGACGUCCUGCUCGACCUGGCCGCCAGCAUGGAAGCAGACUGUAAGAAAUACUUGCAAAGGAAGCAGCAGGAGGCUGACCAGCCACUUCAGGUCCCAGCAGUGGACAGCAGCGUACCGAAGACGUCAGAAUUCUUGGGCAUCACGACCAGAGAUGAUCCAUACGGGAACGGAACAGAGAUGUUUGAUGCCUUCAUCUGUUACUGUCAGAAGGACCUUCAGUUUGUCCAGGAGAUGAUCAGAGAGCUGGAACAAACAGAGUUCAAAUUGAAGCUCUGUGUAUUUGAUCGAGAUGUCUUGCCAGGAACCUGUGUGUGGUCCAUCACUGGGGAACUUAUAGAAAGGAGGUGUCGGAGGAUGGUGGUUGUCAUUUCAGACGAUUACCUGGAAAGUGAAGAAUGUGACUUCCAGACCAAAUUUGCUCUUAGUCUUUCCCCAGGUGCUCGUCUCAAACGGCUGAUUCCAGUCAAGUGCAAAACCAUGAAGAAGGAGUUCCCAAGUAUCUUACGGUUCAUUACAAUUUGUGACUACACCAAUCCUUGCAAAAAAAUGGUUCUGGACAAGACUGGCAAAAUCUCUCUUGCUGCCAUAAUGCAAAGUUAUGAGGGAUAGGCGUUUCAUUUUUUACCUCUUUUUUUUUUUUUUUUUUUUAAUCUCUCGUGGCUGUGCCUUCAGACUAUGGUGUCACUCACACAAUCUUUAACCACUUCAGAACUUCGAUCCUCACAGUCUGUGUUUGGAGCUCAGAACUGGGAGUGAAGCAUUUUCUCUAGCACUUUUUCGUAACUUGAAAGGGAAAAUAAAGCAAUUGCAUUGGUGUUCCUGUUCAAGUCAAUGAGCAGCAGCAUCCGUCACUUUGUAGUGGGGACUUUCCCUAAAUAUAUAAAUUUAAAGGCUGAGUCACUAAUAUGAGAAGGCUCUAUUGUGAAUGUUUAAUAAGAUCUGGGAAUAUAAAAUGCUGGUAUAAGACAUGAAAUAAAGCCUCAAACUGCAGGCUUUUUUUAAAAAAAAAUCAUGUUAUUUUAAAAGCUGUUUAAUGGAUAUAGAAAUAUCUAGGUUGGUUUCAAAUAAGGUUUCAGUCUCAGGCCACUUCCUACUUGGCAAAUGGCCAGUGCCGUGAGAAUGACCAGUGUGGGGAGCCUUGUCGGCAGAGCCAAGCCUGCUCUGCCCAUCCGUUGCCGGGGAGCUGUUUGUCCUGGCCUGUGCUGCAGCCCUGCUGGUUGGGCAGCCCAGGGGAAUGUGCAUUGCCAGUCCCUGGCCUAUGCUUGUUCUCAGGGUAGGCAGUCACCUUCAGGCUUCCUUUUUAAAAGAGCAGCAAAUGUAUUUUAAUUGCUUGAGCCCUACAAAGAAAAGAAUGGUUUGUUCUUAGCAGUAUCUGCAUGAUUGCAAAAUUAGAGCAAUUAUUCUUGCAGUUAUAACUAGGGGAGCAUUACUGAACUUGAUUUGUUCUCUGUUGGAUAUAUUUUGCUCCUUAAGUUGCAUCUCAAUAUGCCUUUUCUGUGUCCAUUUAUACAGUGACUUGUCACCAGCAUUUUCUGAGACAGUUCCUCAGGUUUGCUGUAAGUUGUUGUUUUUUGCUUGUUAAAAGCAAGACCUAUACAGAAAGAUACAUUCUUGUAGCAUGCUCUUGUGUUCAGGUCACAUUAAGUUAAGUAGCGGGCUUAUACCAGCAUUUUAUAUUCCCAGAUCUUAUUAAAUGUUUACAGUUGAGCUUUCUCAAAUUAGUGACUCUGUCUUUAAAUGUGUAUUUUUGGUGAAAGUCCUUACUACACAAAAUGAGGGAUACUGUAGCUCAUUGACUUGAAAAGGAACAGAUCUCUGCACCUAGUGGGAUCAGACCUUAAGUUGUUUGAUCUUUAAGAACCUGCCAAAACCCAGCUUUUGGGAUGCCUGCAAGAUACAGAUAAAUACCAGAUAAAAAAUGCCUUAAAUUAUAGAUUGGGCUGCUUAAAAAAAUAAAGGGUAAUGUUACUUUAAUAGGAAAGCAUAUUUAAAUUAAGUGCCACAAUUAAUCAUGUAUAUUUCUGAAUGGGGCUAGGAACAACAUUGAUGUUGCUCUACAUGUUAGACUUAGCCUUGAAUUUUGCAGACUUCAGUGCCACUUCAGUGGCUCUCAUCAGUCUUUGGUGCUUAGGGGUUGGCGGUAAGGGUGCUGCCAAAGUGGUGUUUUAAAGUGAUUUGUUGGUAUAUUAAACAGAUUUUCAGUAAAUAUUUACUUUCUAAAUUGGGAAGAGAGUACUUUUGCUUAUGUAUCCAAACUUACUUGAACUCUUAUCACUUAGUUCAUUCCUUCAGGCACUGCCUCACGUUGAUUUUGUAGCUUAAUGAUUUACAGUUUACAUUUUUAAGAUUGGUUGUCAGUCUUUUAAAGACUUUUUUUUUUUUAAGCAUUACCAGGGCUGAGUUCUUCAGAUAGAGACUUGUGCACCUAUCUUUUUCUCACCCUCUCUAUGAAAGGGCAUACAUGUCCACCUACAAAGUGGUGCUACAGAGGUCUGUGAGCAUCCAUGGCUGGUCCUUCUAGCAGACAGGCCAGUCCUUGACCGCAAGUGAAGCUUGUUCACACAUCUAACAUUAGUGUCCAGAGCCAUUUUUGAAUAAGCCAACAAUCUGGGCAUGUUUCUGUCCCUCCUACAAAUAUAACAGCUGUCAUGGUGCUGAGAUAACAUCUGCACCUUUCUAUCUUGCUAGAUCAAGUGAAAAGUCCGUGGGUGCAGGACGGGAAAAGUUAAACUGAUGAAGAGCUUGUAAGUCAGUUUAUCUUCAUGCUUUUGCCCUCCUGCAGAAAUGGAGACAGCUGCUUGCCUUGGGGUUUCUGCAUAAUCGUUAAAUGUUUAUUAUAUAAUAGUUUCUGGAGGCUGCUUGAUCACCAGUCUCUUCUGGAGCUUGGUGAAUUCCCUUACUACGGAGUGUCUACGAACAUUAAUUAUGGGUCAUUACUGGCAAGACUGAACCAGAUUCCUAUUGAUUUAAGAAUGGAGCGAGCUGGUCUGCUGGUUAUUAAAGGUGAGAACAAAAACAUGAGGCUCUUUGGUCCAAACGCUAGAGGGAGGCAAUGGUCCAUACUGCAAGCAUUGGAUAGACAGCUGGUAUCGAGCCAAGCCUGCUUGAUGUUGGGUGAAAAGGGGCACUGGGAAGCUGGGCAUGGUUUCAGUCCCAGGGGGAGACGGGAGGAGAGCUUUCUUCUUUUUUACUCUUUUCUCUCUGCCCCUUGCAUCUUCUUCUAAAGCAAAUAUACCUGAAUUAGUUCGCCAGCUUUGAUGGCAGAUUCAGCCUUGUACAACGUUUUCUGUGUAUACGUCCUAAUGUGUGGUUUGGGACUUGGGAUGUUGUAAAAAUAAUAGUAACAAGAAUAAUAACGAUUACUUUCAUAAUAGAUGACAUGGUAAUUGGUAGACAGAAAAAAAGUACUGCUUCUGGAAGGGAAAUGAACAAGAUCUUAAUUUCUAAAUCUUCUGAAUUCCACUAGAUAACCCGAUUUAUAAAAUAAUUCUAAAAGAUGUCAGUGCUCAGGCUGGCUCUUAUUAUCACCUAACUUUCUAUGCUUCGGUUCUUCCAUCUGUCUAUCUUGGAUGCAGUGCAAGUAUUACUAUUAAUGGAAUGUUACUUUCUUAAAAGAAGUCAAAAAUUGUGUUGUAGGCUAAAAUUAUUUUUGAGUAAAGAGAAAUAACAGCCCCAGAACUAUAAAAUAGAUGUUUAAAAUGUAUAUCCUCUUAAUAUAAAAUCAAGUUUAUGCACUUCUGACAUUGUCAUAUCCAUUUUGUCAUGGUGAGUUUAUUAAAUAUGACCUCUGUGAAUGACAUAAAAUCCAGUUAUUGUAAACACAUUCUGGUUGCAAUAUGUGGGUUUCCCCCUCUUCACACACACUGGAAGGUCCAAAUAUUGAACACCUUUAUAAAAGGACUUAAAAAUCAUGAUGUUACAUUGUUUCCAUUUUGUUUCUUUCCCUCAUUGAAAUUGUUGUAAUUGAAUUUGUUGGUACCAAAUCAUUUAUUUUUAUAUAUAUAUAUAUAUAUAUAAAAAUAUAUAUAUUUAUAUUACUUUCUAUCCUGAUACAAAUAUCUGGAAAAACAUGCAUGUUGUAUAACCAUUCUGAAAAUAGUCAAUUAUUCUGUGUUUUUUUCUUCCUGCUUAAGAACAAACUAUUGCUACUUGUGAAAACACAGUAGAAUAAAGAUGAAAAAUCUGAAA